AUGUUGUUGGCCUUGGAGAAAUCAGAUGAAAUAACACCGACCGACAGACGCAUGGCGAUAUCUCAAGAUACGUCUUUGGCGCGAUUCUAUGACCUCCCUAAGGCGCACAAAGACGGUGCUCCACACAGAGGUACUCCAACGUACGGACUGUCUAAGUGGCUGUUACGGUGUCUCAAUUUCCUGACCGCUGAGUCAGACACCACGGUCUCUCCGUCAGCACAAUUCCUGGAGAAACUCAAAAGGGUAAGUCCUCAUCCAAAUGAGGUCAUGGUAUGUUUUGAUGUUACGCCCCUUUCUACUUGUAUUCCCCAGGACCUGGCAAUCGAGAUAAUCGAGCUGCUUAUACAAAGAAAGUACGAUGAAACGGAGAAUAAUCUUGGACACGCUAAAGUCCUUCAGCUCCUGAAGUCCUGUCUCAGGACGUACUUCAAGUUCGACGGGACAAUCUAUGAACAGGUGAAGGGCACAACAAUGGGUUCGCCGAUUUCCGGAUUUAUCGCCGAGGUGGUCCUGCCACGGUUAGAUUCGCCGGUCUUCCAACACCACAGACCGGAGUUCUGGGCCCCGCCUGUGGAUGAUACCUUCGUCGUUAUCGACCGGGAUCAACUGAUGACAUUCAAGGAACAUCUGAAUGCGGUCUUCCCGGACAUACAAUUUACGAUGGAGGAGGAAGAGAACAACCAGCUGGCAUUCCUGAAUGUCCUCGUAUGCCGCAAGGAUUGUGGUGGACUAAAGACCAAAGUGUUAAGGAAAGCGACAAAUACGAUGCAAGUACUGUACUUCAAAAGCAACUCCCCAAUCAGUCACAAACACAGUUCUGUAAACAGGCUCCAUCGGCGUGUCAGAGCGCACUGA